GCCAUCUGACGGUGGAAAUUCUCUCUAAUUUCCAUCUUCCUUUUCCUGUGAUUAUUCAACAGCUGUAUUUUCUGAAAAUAAACUUUUUCAGCCAAAUCUGAGAGGAAAACAGGAUGGCAGUGAGGUUACUAUCAAAACUGAAGGUUCUGCCUGAAGUGCGGGGUGUGACGUUCGCGACCGCGGCGCCAGCGACCGCAACCCUCUCAGAUUUCGAUGCCCAGCACAAAACCCCAGUGGUCAGGAAACAGGCGAUAAUUCCAGUGGCUCACUAUGGAGGACGUCACCUGGUCACCAUGCUGCCUGGCGGCGGCAUCGGCCCCGAGUGCAUGGGACACGUUAGAGACAUUUUCAAAUACGUAGGAGCCCCCAUCGACUUUGAACGAGUGGACAUCGACCCAACGAAGGACAAUGACGAUGAUGUGCAGUACGCCAUCACCACUAUCAAGAGAAACGGUGUUGCUAUCAAGGGUAACAUCGAGACAAAGAGCGAAGCCUCCUAUGUGACAUCCCGCAAUGUAGCACUACGUAACGAGUUGGACAUGUACGCAUAUGUCAUCAACUGCAAGUCCUACCCAGGAGUGUCCACACGGCACAAGGAUAUCGACCUGGUUAUUGUCAGACAAAACACAGAAGGCGAGUACGCCAUGUUGGAACACGAGUCUGUGUACGGGGUGAUCGAGUCCAUGAAGGUGGUGACGGCGACUAAUUCUGAAAGAGUUGCCAGAUUCGCCUUCGAGUACGCCAAGAAGAACGGACGGAAGAAGGUGACCACAGUCCACAAGGCCAACAUAAUGAAGCUGUCGGACGGGCUGUUCCUCGAGACGGCCAAGCGCAUAGCCAAGGAGUACCCCGAGCUGGAGCACAACGACAUGAUCAUCGACAACUGCUGCAUGCAGCUUGUUGCCAAGCCCCACCAAUUCGACGUGAUGCUAAUGACGAACCUGUACGGCUCGAUCGUGUCCAACGUGGUGUGCGGGCUGCUCGGCGGCGCCGGCAUCUUCUCCGGACGCAACUACGGACAGCACUACGCCGUAUUCGAACCCGGGACCAGGAACACUGGCACGGCCAUAGCCGGCAAGAACCUGGCGACCCCGCUCGCCAUGAUCAACGCGUCCGUCGACAUGCUCGAGCACCUGGGACACCACUACCACGCCGACCUCAUACGCAGGGCCGUGGAGAAGACCAUUAACGUUGACAAGGUCCUGACUCCCGACUGCGGUGGCACCGCUUCAUCAUCAGAGGUGGUGAACAGCAUCAUCCACAACAUUGGCUCUGGAGUUCAGCCCUUCGGCUCCAUUAAGUAAGAAACUCCACUCUGCGGCCGCUACACGGGUCUGUUAUCGACGUGGAUAAACUCGUUUUCAACAACAGCGACGUAUUUGUGGCGAAUCACGGUAUAGUGACGUUUAUCUACGUCGAUAAAGAACUCGUGCAGCGGCUGAUGAAGCCAUAAUUAUCUAAAUUACGACCACUUACACCAACAGGUAUUAUGGGAACUUAGUUAGGUUAUCUGUGGUUAAAUUGUGAAUUUGUUACUGUCUAGCUAUGUAUAAAACUGACUUGUUAACCUUAGAUAGAUAACUGAUUUAUUAUACAGACACAUUAAAUUGAUAAAUAGUGUCAAAAAUUUCAAAUUGGUCAGACAAGUCGGUUUUACUAUGACGGUGGCAGAUUAAAAUAUGUCCACAGUGAAUCAUUUUAAACUGAGUUUCAAGUUCUUUGUUGGUGUGAGUGGUUAUUCUGUUUCCUUUACUUAUGUAUCUUAGAUGCCUACUUAAAAUUAUGUGUAUGAUAUUCGAAGUGGAAAUUAAAGUUUUGUAUUUAAAAAGAAAACUUUGUUUGUGACCAGUAUUUUUGUCUUAUUUUAUAGUAUUCUUAUAGUUCUAAAAUUUUCUGUUCUAUGUAUUUCCUAAAUUAUGUGAAACACUAGAAAGCCAAGGCUUUAAAUUUAAUUACAUAAUUCCUAGACAAUAAUAUUUUACUAAAUUGCCAAGUGCUUAUGAUUUUAUUAUUGAUAGCUUAGUGAUUGGAAACUAGGAGUUAAAAUAAGUUUCAUAACUCCCUUUAAAUUUGUUGGGUUGUUGUGUUUUCACCAAUUUUUUUAGUCUAUAUUAUGUAAAUCAUUUAAUCUGGGUUCAAAGGUUGGUGCAAGCAACACUUGGCUACUCAAAGUUAGUUCAAUUAUAGAUACAUUUCAACUAUAGAUUCCUACCAGUCAAGUACUCUGGAAAAUGUUCAAUCAAUAUAUAGACAUGGCGGUAAAAAUUCUAAAUCGAAUUAUAAUACAUUUGAUUAAUAUUUAAUGUAUGUAUUUAAUAAACAAUUCGCCAUAGACGAAUGUAAAAAGUGUAAAAAUGAAUUGAAUUCAUUGAUGUAUAGAAACCAUUAUCAUAGGAAAAUGUUACCAUUUCUCUAACAGUAGGUGUCAUCGUCAAUUUGUAUGUGUAUUUAAUUUAUUGUUUAGUUUUAAUAUGUCCAAUAAACACCCAUACAAACAUCAAA